UCGUGCCACCCAUAUCGAGCCGACUGCCAUCCACAUUCAAAAGUGCCGCGAAACGUCCAUCGUUUCGACUUGAACGGUAGGUGGCUUUGCUUGUAGAUUUUUGCCAGAGUGGCCAACGGUAAGUAUAGGGUAAGUAAGUAACGGUUUCAACCACACACCAUUUAUGGUCCAUAGACAUAUGAGAUGUCUAUGGCUCUGCAUGUGUUGUGUUAUACAAAUAUUUGUGCUUAAUGGCGUUUUGUCUAUCGCCCCACUUUUUUUUGGUACAACUCCAAAUUAACUCCUUAUACCUAUGCAUGGUUUCUAUUUUCGUUUUAGUAGCAAGCAAUGCAUAAAACAAUUGACUUAUUAUACCUAGUAGGUAUAUGUUUCUUGUAUCAUUACACAGUUGUACAUAAAAUACGAGUAAUGAAUAAGUUACAGUGUCAGUGUAUGACAGUGAUCACUACCCUCUUCUUACUAAACGCACUUCUUUUGAUAGGAGUUGUAAUAAAGUGGCAAACCAGUUUGAACAAAUCCGACAGAAAAUAUCGAAACUUACCGACGAGCCCUGCCGUUGAGAGGCCCCAAUUCGCAGUCAAAAUAGUGACAUUUGACAACGACGUUGACGAUCACUGUGGCGGCGCGAUUAUAAAUUCUCGUUGGAUUGUUACGACAGGUCAUUGUGUAGGCGUGGUAGAGUCCUACGCGACGAAAAAGAUGAUAACAUACGUGGCGACUACAUUUAAUGAGGUUGUGAACGAGGUUGAAGUGGCCAUACGUCAUCCAGAAUUUAACAGUAGCACUUUAGAUGCCGAUAUUGGUCUACUGAAAGUUGUUCAACCAUACGAGGCGGGAGUUGCUGUUCAAGUACCACGCAGUGACUAUAAGUAUGUAGUGAACUCUAGUGUGAGUGCUGUGAGUCUCGAUGAAGAAAUUACCGAGGUUAUAACGACUGUUGAAAUUUUCAGUCGAAGAUAUUGUAGUAAUUUGCUUAGUGCGACCUGGAAGUUGCUUACAGAAUCAAUGAUUUGUGGUGGAUUGUACACAGGGGAGAAGCCCGAUUGUCUUUAUGAUACUGGUAGUCCCUUAGUGGAUGGCAAAGUGUUAAUUGGCAUUAUUUCGUGGGGUAAAGGUUGUGAAAAGGUUGACAUACCGACAGUAUACACUAAAAUUCCACCAUUUGUAAAAUGGAUAACAACUACAAUUGGGGAUGAUCGUUUAAGUACUGACCAAGUAAAAUAAUUAGAGGAUUCCAUUCAUGCGUAGGUAUCAUAUUGAGUUGUGUAGAUUUCUGAAUUGUGAAUAUAAGAUUGUUACACAUAAUAAACAGAAUCGUAAACACUACUUUACUUGUGUAUAUUCAGGAUGAGGUGAUUAUAAAUCAGUCAUUAUAAUGAAAUAACCGGAAGGAGAGUCUUUUUUAAGGCGCCUAUUCAAUCCGAAGUCGAAUGGACAAAAGUAUUAAUCUCAU